UCAGUGUGCCCUAAUGAUCAGUGUAGCCCCAGCAGUGCCACCUGUCAAAGUCCAUCAGUGCCAGCUGUCAGUGCCACGUGCCAGUGCCUAUCAGUGCCACAUCAAUGCCACAUAUCAGUGCAUACCAGUGCACAUCAAUGCCACAUAUCAGUGCCCAUCUGAGCUGCCUUUCAGUGUAACCCGUCAGUGCCACCAAUCAGUGCCACCUAUCAGUGCUGCCAAUCAGUGCCAGUCAGUGCCGCCUGUCAGUGCCGCCUAUCAGUGUGCAUCAGUGCCACCUAUCAGUGCCAGUCAGUGCCGCCUAACAGUGCCAGUCAGUGCUGCCUAUCAAUGCCAAGCCUCGUAUAUCAUAUAUCAGUGCCAUGUAUCAGUGCUGCCUUUCAGUGCCCAUCAGUGAUGCCUGUCA